AUGUCGGGAUAUGACCGAGCUCUUUCAGUCUUCAGCCCCGACGGGCACGUCUUCCAGGUGGAAUAUGCCAUGGAAGCUGUGAAGCGAGGAACUUGCGCUGUCGGAGUAAAGGGCAAAGAUGUCGUCGUCCUGGGCUGCGAGAAGCGGUCUGCCCUCAAGCUCCAAGAUACCCGUAUUACACCGUCGAAGAUUGCCCAGCUGGACAACCACGCCGUUCUCGCUUUUGCCGGACUGAACGCCGAUGCCCGUAUUCUCAUUGACAAGGCCAGAUUAGAAGCCCAGUCGCACAGACUGACCGUCGAGGACCCCGUUACUAUUGAAUACAUUACCAAAUACAUUGCUAGUGUGCAGCAGCGGUACACACAGAGCGGCGGUGUCCGGCCUUUUGGUAUCAGUACUCUGGUUGUAGGAUUCGAUCCGAAUGAUAAGGUGCCUCGACUAUACAUGACCGAGCCUUCGGGGAUCUACUCUGCUUGGAAAGCAAAUGCUAUUGGUCGUUCCAGCAAGACUGUGCGCGAGUUUCUUGAGCGGAAUCACCAGGACGAUAUGGACCGGGAACAGACGAUCCAGCUUACCAUCAAGUCGCUACUGGAGGUGGUGCAGACUGGCGCCAAGAACAUCGAGGUGGCUAUCAUGGCUCCCGGCAAGACGAUCGAGAUGUUGCCUGACGACCAGAUCGAGGCCUACGUCAAGAGUAUAGAGACGGAGAAGCAAGAGGAGGCCGCGAAGAAGAAGACUGGCCGGACCGGAACCACAACGGCGGCCAUCCUUACGCGGCCCGGUGGUGGGGAGACUGGGGAGUCGACCCGGGAGUCGGCCGACUGA